AUGUCACUUAUAUGUGCAGAAGCCUUGCUGGAUUUGUCCCUGUAUGACCCCUCCUUUGCACCUGCCGCAGGCAGCAUUUCGUCUUUUGCCAGCUGGCCGCUCCCUUUCCUUCGAUUCGAGCUCCUUCCUUUAUAUUUUGCCGCCUCUUGCCUCUUACCGCUCAUCGCCUUGCUUUCGUCUUCCCCUACUUCCGCCCGGCGCCCUGAUCCUGCGUUGAAUCCCACCUAUCCAGACAGGCCUGGCACCUUAGCAUCAUCCUUACCUUACCGAAUCAUGGCCCCUCCAGCGCUCGCCCUGAACGACGCGACCGUAUACUGCGCCCUAUGCGCCGUGCCUUGUCUCUCACAACUACCACCCUCUCCUUCUUGCCCAUUGCACUCCACAGCGCGCACUACCAUCACCGACCGUCCUUCCUCUCCGACCCCCGAGUUGGAGACGCCCGGGUGGCUCUCAGCCCUCUCCGGUCUGCGCGUGACAACCCACUCUCCGCCGCCGCCCAUCUUCCCACAGCCUAUCGUGAAUGACACUCCCACUCCGCUCGAACCGCCACCCGACUUCCACCAAGUGACGCUGCACGAAUACUGCCUCAGCGCGGCUCAGCGGCUGAGUGGCCAAACGGGGGGAGGACGAAUCGUGCAGCUUUGGGGACUUCCGAAGUGGGUCGGCUGGACGGAUUGGGGCUCUACGGUGAGAGAGACGGCCGCGGUCGCCGGAACGGGAAAAGGGCAAGAGGGAAUGGGUGAGGGUAAGCGGGGAGCGCUCGAGGAUGAGAAGUACUGGUUAGGGAGUAGAGAUCAGUUGGAGAGGUUGAAAGCGGGUCAGACUCAUUAUCUACCGGUCAGUACCUGA